AGUCAUGCAGGCUUCCGCGAUUGGGGGGGCACGCCUAUACGCGCCCCGCGGCUGCAAGACGAGGGCGGGCGAUGGCCGCCGCCGGAAGCGUAGGGGGCUGCUCGGCCGCCACGGACAAAGACGGGCCCCGCUCCACGACGGAGCCAGACGCCCAGGCGGAGUUCUACGGCCUGAUGCCUUCGGCGGCGCAGGCCGACACGCUGCGCUCCGCUGACGUCCAGACGGCCCUGUCGACGCCGAAGGCGCCCGCGAGCCUGGAGCAGCUGGCGGCUGGCGGCGCUGCCUGUGGGCCGGGCGCCCGCCCGGGCGGCGGCGCCCCCGGCGACCCCUUCGAGGGCUUCCUCGCGCUGGCCCUGGGCGAGCUGCAGAGGAGCGUCGCAGCCGAGCACGCGCGCGCCGUGCAGGCGAUCGCCCGGGCGGGCGCCAGCACGGACCCCGCCCUCCCCGAGGCGUGCUUCGCCCUCGGCGUUGGCGCCGGCGGCGGGCCCCUGGCGGCGCGGCGGUGCUCCGAGUGCUCGAUCGAGGAGGUGCAGCCGGACUCCGCGGCGUCCUCGGAGACGGAGCGCAUGGCGCACAGGGCGCAUCUGCACGAGCCGCCCGCGGUACCCCAGGCUGCCCUGCGGGCCCCGAGCGACGGAGUCUCCUCGGCGCCUCUCCAGACCAAGACCUUCGAGUCUCUGGGCGCGUGCCUCAGGUCCGACUCGCCCCAGAAGUGCGGCACGCCGGAGCGCCCCGGGCGCCCGCGCGAGGAGCAGCCCGGGAACGGCAGGUCGCUGGCGGGAUUGACGCGGACGUCGCGCGUCAGGCCCGCGAACCUCGACCCCGAGGACCGCGAGGCCGGGGGCGAUUCGCCGCGCCGCGUGCGCAGCGGCCGCGGGGGCGUGUGUGGCAGGCACAACCAUCGCACGCUCACCACGAGCAGCGCGAUGAGUGAGGCGAGCGUGCUGGGCACCAAGCGGAGGAAGUCCGCCGAGGGUCCGAGGAUGCAGCACGUGUCGUCGGAGAAUCUCGAUGGCGAGUUCGUUGUGCUGGAAGUCUGGCAGAAGGCGAUGGACGCGGUGUCGAAGCAGGGCACAUUCAAGCGCAGUCGCCACGCGACAAGUGGGAGCCAGUCGGAGAACACAGCAUCCUCCGAGGCAGAGUCGAAGUCUCCUGACGCCGAGACCGCGGAGAGAUCACCGUGGAAGAAGCUGCGGUGGUGGCUUAUGUCGCCGAACUGUAAAAGACGGCUGAUUUGGGACGCCCUGUCGGUGCUCUGCAUCCUCUACUCGGCGGACCUGGUCAUGGCGCCCCUGGAGUUCCUGAACGAGCGGUAUUACAGCCCGUCGCCGAUGCAUUGGAUCAUUAUGAUGUUCUGGACUCUGGAUAUCUUCGCUUCGUGCACAUCAGGCUACACCCUGCCCAAUGGCACUGACGUGUACAGGCUUCGGUCGAUCUGGAAACGCUAUGCAUCUUCCUGGCUGCUGCCGGACGCGGCCAUGGUCGGCGCGGACUGGACGGAGGCCUUGUUUCCAAACAAGUUGCCGACUGGGUGGCGUUUGGUCCGAAUGAUGCGGUUGUUGCGGUUGUUGCGGGUGAGAAGUUUUCUUUCCUUCCUGGUCAUGCGCAUGUCAGAGCGCGCAGCGCUGGUGUUCAGCAGCGCCCAGACGCUGCUGGCCAUCUUGUUUCUCGCCCACGGCAUGGGGUGCUUGUGGGCUGGGCUCGGCAGGUCCGAAGGCGCCCAGGGCUGGGUUUCCCAUGCCGCCGAAGGUGGCGAGCUAACCAGCGAGCAGACCUAUCUGCUAGCCAUGCAUUGGGCCCUCACGAAUUUCGCGGGCACCGUCGACCUCGGACCCAGAUCGCCGAAGGAGCGCGUGUAUGCCAUCUUCUCGCUCGUGUUCGGUUUCCUGGUGGCGUCCGCGUUCGUGUCCAUUAUCACCACCAACAUGACGCGCCUGUCCAUCAUCGCGAGCAGGAGGGCCGCAGAGUUCAAGGAGCUGAACACUUAUCUGCACGAGCGCGGAAUAUCCCGCAGCCUCCAGAGCCGCGUGAUCCUGAACGCGCAGCACGCCAUCGCGGAGCAGGAGGCGCACAUCCCCGAGGAGAGCGUGAAGCUGCUGGAGGACGUGUCGGAGCCCCUGCGGCGCGAGCUGCACUUCGAGAUCUACGCCGACCACCUGUCCGUCCACCCGCUGUUCGACCUGCUGAGGCACAGAAGCCAGGAGAUGAAGAGGAUCUGCCACGAUGCCGUUUUCCCGGUUCUCGUAUCGGAGAACGAGGUCAUCUUCAGCGUGGAUGAGGUGCCGUCGGAGCCGCCCCACAUGAUCUUCCUGGAGAAGGGAUUGCUGAAGUACCAGCUCGAUGGCGAAGCGAUCCAGGAUGUACGCCCAGGCCAGUGGAUUGCGGAGCAGGUACUAUGGACCGACUGGGUCUACCAGGGCACCCUGCGCAGCGUCACUCCCUGCAGGCUCCUCAUGCUGAACUCGGUUGUGUUCCAGCAGAUCGUGAGCACCAAGUUCAUGCAAGGCACCCUCAGCUUCGAGGUGACCAAGUACGCCGCUGGGUUCCUGAAAAUGCUGAACAAGUCCAGGCACAGGGUCCGCAGCGACCUGGGGUCCCCGGACGCCUGUGUGCGGCUGACGGCGCUGUGCUCUGGCGCGAACUUGCAGGAUUCCUUGGUCGACCCACCCAAGCGGCGCAUGUCCGGCUCCUUCAGCAUCAACGAGCUCCAGGACCGGUUCCUGCGGGCGGCGAGGAGGCCCGAGGAGGACCCCCGGCCAGGCGCCCAGCAGGAGUCGGAGCCGAAACGGAGCUCGAAGUCGCGAGGUCGGGUGCGCCUCCCUUGGAGGCCGCAGAGCUUGCCCGUGGCUCCCGAGAACCCGGCCGCGGAGGCCGACAACGAGGAGUGGGCCCUGUCCGACGCCGACACCCUAUCGCCGCGGUAGGGCCCGGAGGCAAGGGCCGCCGAUGGCCCGGCCAGGGUGGCCGCGACGGGCUGGGCCCAGCGGGGGGCCGCGGCGAGCCAGGCUGCUGGCCAGGGGCCAGGAGAGGGAGCACUCGUCGCGCCUCGGGUCCUGCUGGUCCUGGGGGCGGUCUCGGCUCGAGGGCUACAGAUACCUGUCUGGCAUCCCUCGACUGGAGGCGAUUGGCCUGGCGCGCAUUGCCAGAGCCCCUUCCUGGCUGCGCGCCAGUUUUCCUAAUUUUUCCUAGCGUGGCGCUUGGGCACUAAACCUGUCGUGCCUGCAGCCUGACCCUGCUCUUCCCUCCUCCUGCCCCUCCGCUCCGCAUCCCGCCUCCUUGAAUGCACAUGCAAUGAAGUGGAACUUGUUUGCUUAGGCGGCAAGAUGCGCCGCGUACGCCAGUUUGUUGCUUGGUAGGCGUGGCCCCGUGUGUUAAGAAGUGGGGGAGGAGCGGGAG